CUAAUGAGAUCCCCUAAAAUGGCCGCAGUUGAAUGCGAGGGCUUUGCUCUAUGAGGUUCCUUCUUGUCGGUCGACGACUUACAACUCAGGUGCAUCACUUUGAUUCCCUUCCUUCGAUUUCUUCUGCUUUCCUCUGAGAGAUCUGUUCUUUCCUCUCGAGCACUAUGAGGCGGCCGGCAGUGCAUGGCGACACGCCAUUUCUUCCUGAAGAAAUCGUGACAAACAUUCUCAAACGACUCCCUGUGAAAUCCCUAAUCCGAUUUCAAUGUGUCUGCAAACGUUGGAAGAAUCUCUUCAAAACCCCAUCUUUCAUCGCUGAACACCUGCUCUACCCAACUCAUCAAAACCCUUCUCUUCUUAUCAUACACAACAGUAGUACAUGUAAGCCUUUGCACUUGCGUUUGCUCGAUUGUGAGAUGCAUGUCCGUGAAGUUCAGAACGCACCUUUGAUCGGUUCCUUACCGGACGUUGGGAUCAUCGGUUCCAGCAAUGGCUUGCUCUGUGUUGCACUCGAUCAGUCCCUUUUUUUGUGCAAUUCCCUUUUACUGUGGAAUCCUGCUAUUGGAGAGGUCAGACAGAUACCUAGAUCCAGAACUGUUGAAUUUCCGAUGUGGGAAUGCAUAGUAGGAUUUGGGUUCAGCCCAAUUGUUAAUGACUAUAAGAUAGUGAAAAUUUAUGAUGGGCCUGGGUGUGAUGAUGCAAUUAGUGUAGUUGAAGUGUAUUCGUUAAGCACAGGUUUAUGGAAGGAAAUAGAAUUUGGAAGCUUAGAGGGUGUAAGUCUUUUUCACGGUACUGGCACUGCAAACGGAGCUAUCUUUUGGUGGGGUCUAAGACGAGGUGUGGAGGAGCAGGGUGAAGAUGAUACUGAUUUGAUAGUUUCAUUUGACAUAGAAAUGGAAGUGUUUGUGUUGAUACCAUGGCCUCCUUUAUCUGAUCGUGAUAAUUCAACUGUAAAAUUUGCUGUGUAUGAGGACAAAUUUGCUGCACUUUCUCUCUCUAAUAUUGGAACCUUCCCAGACUAUCUAUAUUCUUCGAUUGAUUUGUGGGUGCUAGAGGAGUGUACAGGUUCACCUACGGAGAGAUGGUGUUGGACUAAGAAAUAUGCUAGGAAUCACUGCCCUUCCAUGUUAAAACUUGGGGCCCUUUGGAGGAAUGAAAUUGUAUGUAUUGAUUUUGGAAUGCCUAGACUUACCAAUGAAAGUGAACGUGAAACGGAGAAUGAUGGACGAAAGGCUGGUAUGUAUCUGUUGAAUAUGACUACUAAUGAAUUUAAGAUGUUUGCUAUCCCUGGAUGUGGCAAUGAUUGUCGUGUCCUCAAUCAUGUGGAAAGCCUUGUACCAGUUUGGAACAUCCACUUUGAAGAACAUUGAUCGGAAAGUUUAGUUAUUGCUUUUGUCUAAAUAUUUUGGUGGAAAUGAAUCCACAUCAGAUUAGAUUAUUAUGUAACUAUAUGGUUUUCAUGCCCUUUGGAGAUGUUAUUUAGAAUGAUGAAUCUAGAUAUUCUAUGCUACAUGUUUAUUGCUUUA